AUGUUAGUUAAUAUUAAAGAUAUUUACCAAAAGGCUCAGGAGUUAAGCCAAUUAGAAGAAAAGCAAAGAUUAGAGGAAAUAAACAAAUUAGAAAAAAUAAAAGUUGGUGGUUGGGUAAAAUCAAUCCGAGAAAGUAAAGAAAAGAUUUUUAUUGCUCUCAAUGAUGGCUCAACAACCAGCCCCUUCCAAAUAAUUAUUUCUCGGAAAAAUUUUUCUCAGACUGAUUUGUUGGAGCAAAUUAAUUUUGCCAGCAGUCUAUUAGUGAGUGGCAAAUUAAGAAGCCAGAUUAGUUGGGCCAUUCACCAAUUUUUUCAACAAGAAGGAUUUUAUUACAUUCAUACUCCUUUAAUCACAGCAAAUGACACUGAAGGAGCCGGAGAAUUAUUUACUGCUACUACCCGAUAUGAUAAGCAAUAUGAAAAGGAUUUUUUUCGCAAGAAAGCCAAAUUGACGGUUAGCGGGCAACUACAAGCCGAAGCCCUCGCCCAAGGCUUAGCUGAAAAUUUAUUAAAACAUGUCAUUGAAGAAGUAAUAAAAAACAACCUGUCAGAACUAAAUUAUCUCGAAAAAUACCACCAAAAAGAAUUAACUAACGAAUUAAAAAAGAUUAGCAAUCUUAACUUUCCACGCCUUACUUAUGCUGAAUGCUUAGAAAUACUAGCUUUUUACAUGAAAAAUAAUCCAGAUGGAAGGACAGUCGCUUGUUUUGAUUUACUGUUUCCCCAAGUCGGUGAAAUGAUUGGCGGUAGCAUGCGAGAAGAUAAUUACCAGGUUUUAAGAGAAAAGGCCCGAAAAAUUGGCUUAGAUUUGGAAAAUAUGAAUUGGUACCUUAGUUUGAGAAAAUAUGGCUACGCUCCUAGUGGCGGUUUUGGAUUAGGUUUGGAGAGGUUAAUAAUGUUUAUAAGCGGAACAGAAAAUAUUCGGGACACCAUUGCUUUUCCUCGGUUUCCAGGAAAAUUAGAAUUUUAA